AUGUUAGCGGUGGGGCAGAUGGACGGGUCUCGUCAGAGCGCCUUUCUGCUUAGCACGCCACCGUUAGCCGCUCUGCACAGCAUGACCGAAAUGAAGACUCCCCUGUACCCGGCUUAUCCCUUAUCCUCCAACGGACCCGCCUCGUCUACUUCACCUUCGGCCACCUCCCCUAACCCCGGCGGAAUCCCUGUCUCUUCCCCGGGGAUAAAAUCGUCAGCCGGGCUGUCCUCUCUCCUAUCACCGCAGCAGUGCGCGAUCGCUACCCCACACGGAAUAAACGACAUCCUCAGCCGUCCCUCGGUGGUCUCCGCAGGGGCGGCGGCGGCCGUGGCAGCCUCCUCUUCCGCUGGAAUCUUGUCAGGACUGCCCCGCUUCAGUAGCCUGAGCCCCCCGCCUCCCCACGGGCUCUAUUUCAGUCCUAGCGCCGCGGCGGCCGUGGCAGUGGCUCGCUACCCCAAACCACUGACAGAUCUCCCCGGCAGGACCCCUAUAUUUUGGCCUGGGGUCAUGCAGAGUCCGCACUGGAGAGACGCAAGAUUUGCUUGUUCACCGCAUCAGGGUUCGGUGUUGCUUGACAAGGACGGAAAGAGGAAGCACACGAGGCCCACAUUUUCUGGACAACAGAUCUUUGCCCUGGAAAAGACUUUUGAACAAACGAAGUAUUUAGCGGGACCCGAAAGGGCUCGACUGGCCUACUCACUGGGGAUGACGGAGAGCCAAGUGAAGGUUUGGUUUCAAAACAGAAGGACAAAGUGGAGGAAAAGGCACGCGGCAGAGAUGGCAUCGGCAAAGAAAAAACAGGACUCGGAGACGGAGCGUCUAAAGGGGGCCUCGGAGAACGAAGACGAUGACGACGAUUACAACAAGCCUUUGGACCCGAACUCGGACGAUGAGAAAAUCACUCAGCUCUUGAAAAAGCAUAAACCGAACUCGUCUCUUCACCUCCACACGUCAGAAAACGAAAGUUCUUAGAAACAAAAGAAGAUAAAAAAACGUUUUCCAGUGACACGAAGCACUGAACCUGUCUUAAAGCAGUGGCCUAUCUUCAUUAACAGUGUGAAAUGAAGUUUGAUUCGAGCGAUGAGGAAUGUACGGCCCGUUUCGGAGGAAUGGACACUUCUUUUUUUCACUACAGAAAAGCCACAACAUUUCCACAUUAAGAUGAGGGUACUUUCUUGUAAAUACCAGCGUGAGUUGUACUAAAUAGAAAUUAUAUUGCUGUGAAUAUUUAUGUGUAAAAUACAUUUUGUAUAAAACCCACCACUGUCCCCUCUGCGUCCCUCAUCACCGUUUCGGCUUUGCAAUUCUAAAUGACGAGAGGUAACGGUUUACUUAAGCCCCUUUUCGUUUUUUUAAUAUUUACUAUUUCUGUUAACGUCAGAUGGACUUCUUCUUUAUCCAAGUUGCUUAUGUAUGCUUCUAAUAUUUUGCAUUUUUAACUAAUAUUUCUACCGAUCCGUCAGAAAUCAA